AAAACCCCACAAUCUCAUCCCGCUGCUUAAUCCGUAUUGUAAAAUUUGUUUCCCCGCGCACAAUUUGCUCAAUUCCUUGUAGAUUAUGGAAGAAGAAAUGACAAAAUUUGACUGCUGUGAUAAAUCUUUCUCCUAGAGAAGGUUUUAAGUUUAGUGUCUUUGCCCAACUUCCCUGACUACAGUGAUUUGGCAACAGUUCCUUUGGCUCAAUAAGCCAUCUAUUGCAUACAGGUGGUAGGAAAAAGAGUCCUGGAGAGCCCUCCACUGGUAAAAUGGCACCUUUUCUUUCUCCGAGGCUUUCAUCCUCUAGACAAUAAGAAGAAACAGUCCUGCAAAGUCUUGACAGCAUUUAGCUGAGGCAUGUUUCUUGCUUCACGAAACGUCUGUUGCUGUGGCAUUAAGCUAAGAGCAGAUUUGCUUUCCAGAUCCAUCAAGCAUUCCACCUCUGCAACAAUGCCCUUCAGACACAAAAAUGCAAGACGGAUUGAAGGCCUUGAUAGCAAUGUGUGGGUUGAAUUUACAAAAGUGGCAGCAGAUCCCUCAAUUGUUAAUCUCGGCCAAGGCCUUCCUGAUAUAUCCCCUCCCAGCUAUGUUAAAGAGGAGCUGGCAAAGGUAGCAGCAGUUGACAGACUGAACCAGUACACCCGAGGCUUUGGACAUCCAUCACUGGUGAAAGCUUUGUCUCAAGUCUAUGAGAAAGUUUGUGGAAGAAAGAUUGAUCCUCUCACAGAUAUCCUGGUGACUGUGGGAGCUUAUGGAUCUCUCUUUAGUACAAUACAGGCACUAAUUGAAGAGGGAGAUGAAGUAAUAAUUAUAGAGCCAUUUUAUGACUGUUAUGAACCAAUGGUAAAGAUGGCGGGUGCAAAGCCUGUUUUUAUCCCACUAAGAUGUAAAAAGGAUGGAAACACUGCAUCUAGUGCUGAUUGGGUCUUAGAUCCUGCUGAACUUGCCAAUAAAUUUAAUUCCAAAACAAAAGCAAUUAUUCUAAAUACUCCACACAACCCGAUAGGCAAGGUUUUUACCCUGGAAGAGCUCCAAGUAAUAGCUGAUCUCUGUAUUAAACAUGACACCCUGUGCAUCAGUGAUGAGGUGUAUGAAUGGCUGGUGUAUAAAGGGAAUAAACACAUUAAAAUAGCUACAUUGCCAGGUAUGUGGGAAAGAACAGUAACUAUAGGAAGUGCUGGAAAAACAUACAGUGUAACUGGCUGGAAGCUUGGUUGGUCCAUUGGUCCUGAGCACCUGAUUAAGCAUUUGCAAGUUGUUCACCAAAAUACACUCUACACUUGCCCAACUCCAUUGCAGGAGGCUUUGGCACAGGCAUUUUGGACGGACUAUAAGCGCAUGGAUCACCCUGACUGCUAUUUUUACUCUCUGUCUCGAGAGCUGGAGAGCAAACGUGAUCGGAUGGCUCAGCUACUGAAAGGGGCUGGACUGAAGCCUGUCAUUCCAGAUGGAGGAUACUUCAUGAUCGUUGAUGUUUCCAUGUUAAAUGUGGAUCUCUCUGAUGUAGAUGAGAAACAACCUUAUGAUUAUAAAUUUGUCAAAUGGAUGAUAGCAUCUAAGAAGCUGUCAGCAAUUCCUCUUUCAGCAUUCUGUGCUCUUGAGACAAAGAAACAGUUUGAAAAAUACAUACGGUUUUGCUUCAUUAAGAAAGACAGCACACUAGAUGCAGCUGAAGUGAUCCUGAAGAACUGGAACAAAUAGACUGAUUUAUCUUAUUAACUCUUCCAUAUAGUGUAACUAUCUAAUAGUAGGGUUUUUUAAAAUUGGAAAUGUAAGAAAAAAAUUACUUGAUACAGUACAGAAUUGACAUGACAUUGUAAAUAACUUUUUUCCUGAUACCUGCUGAGGAGUUAAAACAAGGAUUUACUGAAAUAUGUGUAAUGUAACUCAGAGGUUAUUUUCAGUCUUUUAAAAAUAAAAAUUAAAAUUUUCAGUCUUUCUCUUAAAGAAA